AUGCCGCCGCUGAGAUCCACCGUCUCGUCCGCGGUGAACCCGGGAGACGCGGCGGCCGCGGCUGAACCUUCUGCGAUGAUGUCGUCCAUGUCGGCCUCGAGCUAUUUUACUUUAACAUUUAAAGUGUGGCUGCAAAUCUGGGAUGCAGGAGGUGAAAAUUCAUUGUCUAAUCUGUUUCUCAGUUUCCUCUUUCAGAAACGAGAGAUUUUUCAAGACCUUGCUCCACUGCUGUGGCACUCCUUUGGCACUGUUGCUGCACUGCUCCAGGAGAUUAUGUCAAUUUACCCUUCACUUUCACCUCCUACUUUGUCGCCAGUUGCAUCAAACCGUGUCUGCAAUGCACUUGCACUUCUUCAGUGUGUUGCUUCACACCCUGAGACCAGGAUCCCGUUCUUGAAUGCUCACAUCCCACUGUACCUGUACCCGUUCCUGAAUACUACCAGCAAGACAAGACCUUUUGAGUACUUGAGGCUUACCAGCUUGGGUGUUAUUGGUGCUCUUGUGAAGGUAAAUUAAAACUAGAUACUUAUGCAAACUAGGAAUGGAUGGUCCAUAUAGAUUUUUGC